AUGAUGGAUUCGGACUCGAAUGGAUCGACCGGUCAGUCCAGCGACUCGUCCACCUCCUCCAGCUCACCGUCGCUGACUCCACUCACCUUCACCAACAUCAUGGGACAAGUAAGUUGACUAAUUGUGUCAAUACUAUUAAGACGGAAACUUUGUUUGUCUUUAAUUAACUUUUCGAUGACCUUUAUUGUUCUAAUACCUCUAAUGAGCGACCGUAUUUUAUCGUUAUUUGUUCAGAUUUGUUUACUUUAAUAUUGGAAAAUGUCAAAAGUUUUGAUUUAUUUGAAUUUAAAAAGUGUCAUGAUUUUAACUAUGUCAGAAAGUUUUAAAAUUGAUACUAAAGGUAUAUGAUUUUACAGUUUUACACUUUAAGGGCCGAGUAAAUCAACUGGGAGGUGUGUUUAUUAACGGCCGUCCCUUACCUCACCAUGUACGCCUUCAGAUCGUGGAGUUGGCAGCCAAAGGCGUCAAGUAAGUUUUUCAAGCAAUGUAACGUCACUUUUAAUCAGUUUUACAUUUUUUUAAAAGUAUUUUUACUAACUUGAAUCUCAAACAAUGCCUUUCAGGCCAUGUCAUAUCAGCCGCCAACUUCGUGUAUCUCAUGGUUGUGUCUCCAAGAUCCUUUACCGUUAUGCUGAAACGGGUACCGUAGUUCCUGGCCAAGUGAGCGUCGCUUCGGAAACGAAUAAAGUGUCAGAAGAAGUGGAACAACAUGUUAUUGGUGUUCACAUGAAUCAUCCGGAGAUGUCGGCCGCCAAGAUACGAAGUUCAUUGAUCACUCAGGGAAUCUGUAACCGAAACGAACUUCCGUCUACUCAGUUUAUCACCAAAAUCAUCAAAGCUCAGGAAAAUAGGAUUCAGCUGAAGCACAGCAUCCUCAACAUCCUAUCUGAUCAUGGUAAGAGAGGUUUUUGGUUUGGCCGAAAAGUUUAUGGAAAAGAAAGGGUAAAUAGGCAAUAAGGGUGGAUUUAGGCGUUUUUAACAAAAUUCAAAUUUUUAAUUUUUUACCUUUGAUUCCAUUUCACAAUUAAUACGGUAAUUUUCGUAAAAACCAACAAAAGUGUAAAGUUUUGGUCUAAUUACCAUCCCUAAAAGCCAUUACAGUAAGCACGCAAAUUACUGGUUGGAGAAGGACGUUUAAGCGCGUUUUAGUCAUCACAAUGACAGUUUAAUGGUUUCAGAGAAGCACAAGAACUCGUCACAUCGCAGAAGUCGGACUUGGUUCGCUCCGGAGCAGUUGGAGUGUCUGGAGCAGGCAUUCCAACGUAACUCGUAUCCAGAUGCCAACGAACGGGAACGCCUCUCCGCCGAAACUGGACUGUCCGAGAACAAGAUCCAGGUUUGGUUCUCGAAUCGACGAGCACGGUUCCGGAAGUCUUUGGGCACGAACAACCUGGAACAGUGGAGCGCCGUUCUCCGCGACUCCGCCAUGUCGUUGGAGAAGCCGGAGGCAGUGAACGAAACUCUGCUAGCUUCACAGCUUUUACUGCGAUUGUGUCAGAACUCUCUCAGCUACAAGUUGGCGUAA